UCCCGAGCUUGGUCCUUCGAAAGAAGUGGAACUCGACAGAGCUACUCAUGCAUUCAUUGUAAAACAUCAAUGUACUUGUCCUCGUUCUUCUGGAUCAUACUUUAAUUUCUCUUUUUGCUCGGGUGACUCCAUUGCACACAAUCUGACACACGCAUUGGCAUCAUCAUCCACAGUGACUGGAGAUCCUCCGCUAGCUAGAAUCCAAGAGCUGAUGACCGGCUUCCAUCCUUAGUUCCAUUGAAAAUUGAAAUCCUUCGUCCACCACCAUCCAAGCCAAUCCAGAUCCCAAUGGAAGUAGCUUCCAAUGUCCGAGAGCUCAUCAAGCCUGCGAACUCCUCUCCACCACCACGACCGUCCAUACUUCUCAGCUGCCUCGACCAGAUUGCUCCUCGGGUCUACAUGCCUUUCCUCUACUUCUUCGCACGAUUCAUCCCUUCCAACCAGCUCAAGCUAUCCCUCUCCAAGACGCUCUCCCUCUUCUACCCGCUAGCCGGCCGCUACAAGCUUCUUCCCAAUCAGGCCCUCGAGAUCCAGUGUUGCGACUCCGGCAUCGAGUUCUUCGAAGCGCUCGCCAGCAAAUCUCUAGAAGAAGAACUUGGCAGCUUCCACGAGUUUAAUCCCAGCCUCGACAGCCUAGCGUCGCGCGAGGCCUUCCCAACGCAAGAAACCACGGAACUUCCUCUUGUCUCGAUCAAGCUCACUCGGUUCCUGUGCGGCGGCGCUUGCCUCCAGGUAGCGACUCACCACAGCGCAGCCGAUGGAGUUGCCACAGCCGAUUUCGUGAAAGCCUGGGCGCUGAUUUCCUCCGGCCAGGAGCAUCGCGUCAAUCCGCCACACUUGGGAACGAUCCCUGCUCCUCCAGCGGAGUACCAGAUUGAGCCUCCGCCCUUCCCCGACACCAGCAAUGUGGAGCGCUCAAUCCUCUCCUUCACGAGCAGCGGCAUUCGGUCGCUGCUAAAGAGCGACACCACCGCGACUCGAUUCGAAAUACUGGCGGCUCACCUCUGGAUCGCGAUCACCCGCGCCAGAACCGAGCUCUCGCUUCUUCAACCGCAUGAGGAAACGAGGCUAGGCUUCGCGGUGAAUGGGAGAAAACGUUUCAAUCCUCCAAUUCCCGAUGGAUUUCUGGGCAAUGCGGUCUUUCUUGCAAUCGCAUCCUCCAGCAUCGAGCAGCUUCUGGCAGGAUCGAUCGACGGCGUUGUGAAUCUCAUCCAAGAAGCCAAGCGCAGGAUCACGCACCAACACAUGCUAUCCACAGCCGCCUGGAUUGCAUCGAGGAAGUGCCCGCUAGAGAUUUCGCUCUCCUUCAACCACUCGGAUCUCGUGAUCUCGAGCUGGCAGCGAUUGGAGAUCGCUGGCGCGGAUUUCGGAAGCGGCAAGCCGGUAUUCGCUGGAACCAUGGGAAUUGUGUGGGCUGGAGUGGCCAUCAUCUUUCCCGAGAUCGAGGGAAACGAUCGACUUGUCGUCAACACGAUGCUUGAGCGCGAUCAAAUGGAUGUCGUUCGCAGAGAUCCUGGGCUCAUAGUUUAGGGCAACUAAAGCAUAUUC